AUGUAGCCCUGUUAGCUCAAAAGCCUUUCUUAGCAAUAGUACUGUAUAUCAAGCAGCGCAAUAAUAAUUUGUAAACAUACCGUGUUACGCAAUUUGAAUCACGAAGGUGCAAAAUAUAAAAGAAACUUAAGUAAAAUCACAUUAUUGUGCUAAACUGCUCAUCCUGUAGAGGGCAGUAAAACUGAGGCGAAUUAAUAAACAUCAUCUGUUUGGACGAAAGCUGGUCGAUACAGAGAAGCUAGCUAACAUGUCGGAGUACAACACGGUUCAAAAAGGCUCUUUGAAACUAAAAGGAGUCUCAUUAGCGAGUAAAAAGAAAAAGAAGAAGGACAAGGAAAGGAAGCGUUUAGAGGAGCAGGUUUUGAGCACUGAAAAUGAAGAAGAGACGAAGAAAGUUUAUGUUGAUAAAAGAACACCAGCACAGAUGGCAUUCGACAAAAUACAAGAGAAAAGGCAAAUGGAAAGGAUUUUAAAGAAGGCCUCCAAAACACACAAGAGAAGAGUUGAGGAUUUCAACAGACACCUGGACACACUGACAGAGCAUUACGACAUUCCCAAAGUCAGCUGGACGAAAUAAAUAUCGAUGGAUUUUCGACUGGCUGCUUUCAGAGCAAAAUCAGCUGCCAUGAUGUUACCAUACAUGCUUCUUACUUACAUUGCAACGAAGCUUAAAGUGAUUUUUUUUUUUUCUUUCUUGAUUUUCAUUUUCCCUUUGGGAUGUAUUAAAAUGAUUGUAUAUUGCAAUUUUGAUUUUUAAAAUGUUUGCCUGUAGUGAUCAUUAUAUUUUGUAACCUUUGGUUCAGCUGUCUAUUUAAAAUUUUGAUUGGGUUUUGUUUGUAGUAAAGCUUGACCACCAAAUAA